AUGCCCGGUACCAUGCGCUCCGAGACUCUUCUUCCGUCGAUAAAAUGCUCCAACUGCGGAGACCAGAUCGAUAUUGCCAAUAUGGCAAACCACAUCUGCACAUCAACUACAUCCGAUCCCGCAGCCGCAAAUCGGUCGUUUAUACAAAUGGACCAAUCUACGCCUCAAAGUAGUUAUAGCGAAUCCCCAGGAGGUCUUAGGAGCUUCUCCCCCAUCACCCCCGGCAGCCAACGAAAGUUUCCACGUCCUAUGUAUGGAGACUCGGCUCGAUACAAACCAUCUAGACCGCCUUCUCCGGAAUUGACGUCGAAUCUCGAUUGUGCAUUUCCGCCUUUCCCCAACAACCGCAAUCCCCAGCAACGUUCACCAGAACGGAAUGCGAAGCCGACUCCAUUGACUCUGCGGCAGCCUUCAGUUAAUCCGGACCAUCUUGCUCCGUUAAGUCCACGGCUGAACGGUGGAAUGUCUGUCAUGAAGCGGAUGGAUACCAUUGCACCCGGCCCAUUCGGUAGCAAGACUGGGAAGGAGGAGGAGAAACCACAGGCGCCUAGUGAACCCAACUCUGGUCACCGGCGAAAUGCGACUCUUGGAAGCACGAAGCAUGCCCAUCGCACUUCAACCAGCAGCGUGCAAUCUUUCCUGACCAGGUCUUCUACAACAAAGUCGGAAAAGUCUGGCACUUCCGUAUUAUCCAACCACCUCGACGAUGCUCCACAGCCGCUCGUAUGGAGGAGUUCAUCUUUCCCUACGAAGCCGUUCGACGGCAACUCAGAUUCCAACAAUGUGUCGAAUCCGAACAACCUCCACCGACCCCAGCCGCCCCCUAGAUCACAAACAUUUCCUUUACAACAAUCCGGCGAAUCUGAAAAAGCCUCUUCAAUUCCUCCCCGCCCUCGUCGGCCAUCUGAACUGUCUAACAACCCCUAUCGCCCAUUUCAAGCAAUUAUGCCUGAGGGUAACGAUGACCCAGCCUUGCAAGGGAUGCAACCCCAGACAGCCCCCAAUGGCUCAUAUAGACAACCUAGUGGUUCAAAUGGGCCACAGGCACCCAGGGCUGCCAGCCGUAACGGUAUACGGAUGGAUCCUCGAUUAGAGAAUGCCCCACCUGUCCCCCCGGCACCAGCAUCACAUGAUCGUUUGAAAUACGGUCACUCCACCUCCGAUUCUUCAUCAUCGGACGGACUGAGCUCUACCUCCGACAGCAGAAGCCAAAGUUCAAGGUCAAGCCCGCCUGGGUCCGAGCCGGAUGGCUGGUCUCGACGCCCCUCGAAAGAUGACAGUUACAAUCCAUACUCCGGCAGCAAUGUGGGUAGCCAAGACCCGCCUCUUCGAUUCGGAAAGCAGACCGGUAUGGAUCGACCGAAUGUUCCACGACCGCUGAAUACUACGCCACCUGCAGAGGACCUCCCUUCUCCGUGCCUUGAGUCACCAAUGGAUCCUGCCAUCCAGCCAGGGCUAGGGACCAGAAAUUUUGGGUAUCAGUCGCGAAAUGCAUCCCCUUCCGCAACUGGGCGAAACCCCAGUGUGUCCCGCAAUUCGUCAACAAUAUCAAAUGGCAGAACCCUAAAGAGACGCCCUACGAACAAAGGCGAUUGCCGCGGCUGUGGGGCUCCAAUCUUCGGCAAAUGCGUCAAGGCUGCGGACGGGCGGCUGACGGGACGCUAUCACCGCGAGUGCUUCACAUGCAGGACUUGCACCCAACCGUUUACGGAUGGUUCGUUUUACGUCCUCGAGGAUCAUCCCUAUUGCGGAUUCCACUACCACAAACUCAACAACUCCCUCUGCGUGGCUUGCAAUUCCGGAAUCGAAGGGCUAUACCUCUCGACGGAUGAACGCACAAAGUUCCACCCCGGCUGUUUUACCUGCACGAGAUGCCACGUCGCUCUCAAGGACGACUAUUUCGAAGUCGCCGGAAGCGCGUACUGCGAGCCUCAUGCUUUUGCGGCCGUGAACCGUGGAGGCCGACCCGGUGGUGGCUUCACAGCCGGCCCGUCGGUUCUAGGUCCGGGAGUGAAGGCCCAACGGAGGACGACGAAGCUGAUGAUGAUAUGA